GCUUUUCCUCCCUAAGUAACUCAUGCUGCUCGAAAACGAUUCGGCAGCAGUUGAGUUCGAGGCUCGCCCAAGUCCACAUCUUCUUCCGAUUCGUUGCGAGCCGGGAAUAGAGGAGCUAAUUUUAAUUCAAUUCAAUUCAUCUUUUAACCGAUCGUGAUUGAAGCUAUUAGCAAACAGUGCUUACUCUCUCAUUCAGCGACUUAGCAAUGGAAAUGGUGGAAACUGGUGCAGUGAAUGUGGACAUGAAUGCUUCCGAAAAGUCACCCCAAAAAAGAGGCGCCGACAUUAACUAUGGGAUCGACGAUGCGCCACCUUGGUACCUCAGCAUCUUUAUGGCUUUGCAGCACUACCUCACAAUGAUCGGGGCGAUCGUGUCCAUACCGUUCAUACUUACUCCGGCACUGUGCAUGGAAGAUGAAGAUCCAUCUCGAGGGAUAAUAAUUUCUACAAUGAUUUUUGUUACCGGUUUAGUGACAUACAUUCAAGCUACCUGGGGAUGUCGUCUUCCAAUUGUUCAAGGAGGAACAAUUUCCUUUCUAGUACCUACGUUAGCGAUCUUGAACCUACCGCAAUGGCAAUGUCCCGAAAAAGACGUAAUCGCUGCCAUGAGUCCAGACGAUAAAAGUGAACUGUGGCAGAUAAGAAUGCGAGAACUUUCCGGAGCGAUUGCAGUUUCUGCACUAUUUCAAGUUUUCAUCGGCUACACAGGAUUGGUUGGGAAGCUCCUGAAGAUUAUAACUCCAUUAACCAUAGUGCCUACCGUAUCUCUGGUAGGUUUGACCCUAUUCUCGCAUGCUAGCGAAACAGCGUCAAAGCAUUGGGGAAUAGCUGCUGGAACGAUCCUGCUGAUGACAUUAUUUUCGCAAGCCAUGACCAACGUGCAGGUACCGACUCUAAAAUAUCGCAAGGGGCACGGCGUGGAGGUUGGCUGGUUUCCAUUAUUUAAGCUUUUCCCGGUAUUGCUAACGAUUAUAAUCAUGUGGUCAUUGUGUGCGGUGCUCACGGCAACCAAUAUCUUCCCAGAAGGUCAUCCAGCACGCACAGAUGUUCGUUUGCGAGUGCUUCAAGAUGCGUCGUGGUUCCGCAUACCAUACCCAGGCCAGUUCGGAGCACCAACAGUUACCUUAGCCGGUGUCUUGGGAAUGUUAGCCGGAGUUUUGGCGUGCACCGUGGAAUCCAUUAGCUACUAUCCAACUGUUUCGCAAAUGUGUGGCGCUCCUCCACCUCCACUGCACGCCAUUAACCGUGGUAUUGGAAUGGAGGGCAUCGGUACAGUAUUGGCUGGCUUGUGGGGAUCCGGAAACGGAACUAACACAUUUGGCGAAAACGUUGGCGCCAUCGGCGUUACGAAAGUAGGCAGUAGACGCGUUAUCCAAUGGGCCGCUCUGAUCAUGAUACUUCAAGGAGUCCUGAAUAAAUUUGGUGCCGCUUUCAUUAUGAUUCCAGAUCCAGUGGUUGGUGGAAUAUUCUGUGUUAUGUUUGGUAUGAUAGCUGCAUUUGGUUUAUCUGCCUUACAAUACGUAGAUCUACGUUCUGCGCGAAACCUGUAUAUCUUGGGACUAUCGAUCUUUUUCCCGCUAGUUUUGUGUUUGUGGCUGAAAGAUCACCCUGAUUUCAUUCAAACUGGAAAUCAAACAUUAGACUCGACGCUAUCAGUACUACUUGGAACGAGUAUUCUCGUUGGCGGAUGUCUUGGAUGCAUUUUAGACAAUCUAAUACCAGGGACUCCCGAGGAACGUGGAUUGAAAGCAUGGAGUAAUGAAAUGGCACUUAACGUCGAUAGCAUAGUCAAUGACGGAACACGGUCGACAUUCGAUUUCCCCUAUGGAAUGCAGUUAUUGAGAAGCUGGAAAUGGACUAGAUUCGUGCCUUUCUUACCUACAUAUAAAAUGAAGCUAUAGGUCACGACAGUGUUGAUAAAAACGCCAAGCCACCUUUUAUUUUCAGUUUUAUCUGGUUUAUUGAUUAAAUAGAACUCCUUGUUUUCAAAUAAAGUGUAAUACAUGUGAAAUAUUCUAAUGAGCUUUACUGCUUUAAAAUAAAGAUGAACCAAAGUUACA